GAGAGGAGGGGCUGGAGGGGGCGCGGCUUGCUCCCCGUCCCUCCCGGGCGCCGGGCCUCCCUCUGCGCCGGGCCCAGGGCUGGCGGCCGGCGGGGGUCGCGGCGGCGGCGGCGGCGCUGACGGGCCGCGGGCACGGGGGCCUGGCUCCGGCUCCGGGUGUUAGGAGACAAGAUGGCGGCGGCGCUGUGGAGGCUGGUCUCCUCCUCUUCUCCUCUCUCCUCCGCCCCGCCGCUCGCCGCCUCCUCGGUCUCCUCCUCCUUCUCGUUCGCUGCCUCCUCCUCCUCCUCCUGCAGCAGCCCUAGCGACCGCCGGAGCGCCGGCCCGCUCUCCCGGAGCUCCGGAGGGGGAUAGACGGGGCAGCUGCGGGCUCCGGCGACCGAGGCCGAGCUGGGGCCGGGGCGGGGACGACGGCGGCGGCGGCGGCGGCGGCGCCGGGUGGGGAUGGGGUCGCAGACGCUGCAGAUCCUCCGGCAGGGGGUGUGGGCCGCGCUCAGCGGGGGCUGGUACUACGACCCGCACCAGGCCACCUUCGUGAACGCGCUGCACCUCUACCUGUGGCUCUUUCUGCUCGGCCUGCCCUUCACCCUCUACAUGGCUCUUCCUUCUUCAAUGAUUAUAGUAGCAGUUUAUUGUCCUGUGAUAGCUGCUGUUUUCAUUGUUCUGAAGAUGGUCAACUAUCGACUCCACAGAGCACUUGAUGCCGGAGAAGUUAUAGAUAGGAGUGCGAAUGAGUUCCCAGAUCAGCGAGCCAAAGCUGAGCAAGGCAACUGUUCAACCAGGAGAAAAGACAGUAAUGGACCGAGCGAUCCUGGUGGAGGGAUUGAAAUGUCUGAGUUCAUUCGAGAGGCCACACCCCCAGUUGGUUGCAGUUCAAGAAAUUCUUAUGCUGGCCUAGAUCCAAGUAACCAGAUUGGAUCUGGUUCCUCUCGUCUUGGAACAGCAGCAACUAUUAAAGGAGACACAGACACCGCUAAGACUUCUGAUGAUAUUAGUUUAAGUCUGGGCCAGAGCUCUAGUCUUUGUAAGGAAGGAAGUGAAGAACAAGAUUUGGCAACUGAUCGGAAGCUCUUCCGUCUGGUCUCCAAUGAUUCCUUCAUCUCCAUUCAGCCUUCUUUAUCCUCCUGUGGACAGGACUUACCAAGGGACUUUAGUGACAAAGUGAGCUUGCCGAGUCAUGGCCACCACCACCACAUCGAUCAGUCUCUGUCCAACACCUGUGACACAGAAGUGGCUUCUCUCGUCCCUUUACAUUCACACUCUUACAGGAAAGAUCACCGGCCACGAGGGGUACCACGGACUUCUAGCUCUGCUGUGGCUUUUCCAGACACUUCACUGAACGACUUCCCUCUCUAUCAGCAAAGACGGGGGUUAGAUCCGGUUAGCGAGUUAGAAUCUUCCAAGCCUCAUUCUGGAUCCAAAGAAUCCUUGGUGGAAAAUGCUUGUUUAUCUGGGGAAUUUCAGCUCAUUGGUGAGCUGAAAAACAGUAAUUCUCAGCCACCUACAAAAAGUGGGAGGAGCAAACCUUUGAAAGCAGACAAAAGCGUGGACAGCCUGAGGAGCCUGAGCACGCGGAGCAGUGGGUCGACAGAGAGCUACUGCAGUGGAACGGACCGUGACACCAACAGUACCGUCAGCAGCUACAAAAGUGAGCAGACCAGCUCGACUCAUAUAGAGAGCAUCUUGUCGGAGCAUGAGGAGUCCCCUCAAGUAGGAAAGAAAAGCGGUAGGAAGAAAGAGGAGUGCUGUGCUGACCCAGAGGACCAGAGUAGCUGUACCAGUGACAAAAGGACUAACAGUGAGAAGACUGCCUUGGAAGUGAGUACAAACAGUGGGGUUCAAGAGGCCAAGGAUCCCAGUACCUCUGAUGAUAUGCACAAUCAGAAAGGUCUCAGCACCUCUGCAUCUGAAGAAGCCAACAAGAAUCCCCACGCAAACGAAUUUACUUCCCAGGGGGACAGACCGCUUGGGAAAACCGCUGACCCCAAAGACGAGCAGAGUGAAAAGUCAGCUGUCUCAGUGGACUCAAAAGUUGGUAAAGACGGUGGUGGAAAGCAAAAGGAAGGGGAUGUACGACCUAAAUCCUCUAGCUUGAUCCACCGGACAGCCUCUGCCCAUAAGUCAGGCCGGAGACGGACAGGAAAAAAACGGGCCAGCAGUUUUGAUUCAAGUCGGCAUAGGGACUAUGUGUCCUUCCGAGGUGUUGCUGGCACAAAGCCACAUAGUGCUAUAUUCUGUCACGAUGAGGACUCUAGCGACCAAAGUGACUUGAGCAGAGCAUCAAGUGUGCAGUCUGCUCACCAGGUCAGCAGCGAUAGCUCUUCCAGCACCACUUCUCAUUCAUGUCAGUCUCCGGAGGGCAGAUGCAGUGCUCUAAAGACCAAACACGUCCCGAAAGAAAGGGGCACUGACUCCGAGCACACACACAAAGCCCAUCCGGGUCCUGAAGGAACUUGCAAAAAGCGGACGACACGUCGGACUUCCAGCACAAAUAGUGCCAAGACGCGGGCCCGAGUGUUGAGCCUGGACAGUGGCACAGUAGCGUGUUUGAAUGACUCCAAUAGGCUGAUGGCACCCGAAAGUAUAAAACCCUUAACCACUUCAAAAUCUGAUCUCGAGGCCAAAGAGGGAGAGGUGCUAGAUGAGCUAUCGUUAUUGGGCCGGGCUUCCCAGUUAGAGACGGUCACUCGGUCUAGGAAUAGCUUGCCAAGCCAGGUUGCGUUUCCUGAAGGCGAAGAGCAAGAUGCGGGCAGUGGAGAACAAAACCUUGGCACGCCGGUGUUGGCAUCAUCCUUGGCUGACAUGGGAACAGCACAGGCCAGCGAGGAGGCAGUGUCAUUUCGCCGUGAACGCAGCACAUUUAGGCGCCAGGCAGUACGGCGCCGGCACAAUGCAGGGAGUAACCCUACCCCUCCUACAUUGCUCAUCGGAUCACCCCUCAGCCUUCAAGAUGGUCAGCAAGGCCAGCAGUCCACAGCCCAGGUCAAAGUCCAGUCCCGCCCCCCUUCCCAGGCUGCAGUGCUCAGUGCUAGUGCCUCCUUGCUGGUGAGAAAUGGGAGUGUCCACUUAGAAGCAUCACAUGACAAUGCAUCUGCUGUAGGCGGCAGCAGUUUGCACGAUGAACUUGGUAAGUUCUCUUCUACGCUUUAUGAGACUGGUGGCUGUGAUAUGUCACUUGUGAAUUUUGAACCGGCAGCAAGAAGAGCAUCUAAUAUCUGUGACACGGAUUCUCAUGUAUCCAGUUCUACCUCAGUUCGAUUUUAUCCACAUGAUGUGCUCUCUCUUCCACAGAUUCGGUUGAACAGACUAUUGACGAUCGAUACAGAUUUGUUGGAGCAGCAAGACAUUGACCUCAGCCCUGACUUGGCAGCGACUUAUGGUCCAACCGAAGAAGCUGCUCAAAAGGUUAAACACUAUUACCGCUUUUGGAUCUUACCCCAGCUGUGGAUCGGCAUUAACUUUGACAGACUCACACUUUUGGCCCUGUUUGAUAGAAAUCGUGAGAUUCUGGAAAAUGUGUUAGCUGUCAUCCUGGCUAUUCUUGUGGCUUUUUUGGGAUCUGUUCUUCUCAUACAAGGCUUCUUCAGAGAUAUCUGGGUCUUCCAGUUCUGCCUAGUGAUAGCCAGCUGUCAAUACUCGCUACUUAAGAGUGUUCAACCAGAUUCGUCUUCUCCCAGACAUGGCCAUAAUCGUAUCAUUGCCUACAGUAGACCAGUUUAUUUCUGUUUGUGUUGUGGUCUUAUUUGGCUCUUGGAUUAUGGUAGCAGAAACCUUACUACAACCAAGUUCAAAUUAUAUGGAAUAACUUUCACUAAUCCACUGGUGCUGAUAUCAGCCAGGGAUUUAGUUAUAGUGUUUACACUCUGUUUCCCAAUAGUGUUUUUCAUUGGUCUCCUGCCUCAGGUGAAUACGUUUGUUAUGUACCUUUGUGAACAAUUGGAUAUUCAUAUCUUUGGUGGUAAUGCCACUACAAGCUUGCUUGCAGCCCUUUACAGUUUUAUCUGUAGCAUUGUGGCGGUAGCCUUACUGUAUGGAUUGUGUUAUGGGGCUUUAAAGGAUUCUUGGGAUGGCCAGCAUAUUCCAGUACUUUUCUCCAUUUUUUGUGGUUUAUUAGUGGCAAUAUCCUAUCAUCUCAGUCGACAAAGCAGUGAUCCCUCUGUACUUUUCUCUUUGGUGCAAUCUAAGAUUUUUCCAAAAACAGAAGAGAAAAAUCCAGAAGAUCCUUUGUCUGAAGUAAAAGAUCCACUGCCUGAAAAACUUAGAAAUUCUGUUAGUGAGCGUUUACAAUCUGACCUAGUAGUAUGCAUUGUAAUUGGUGUGCUGUAUUUUGCUAUUCAUGUAAGCACAGUGUUCACAGUGUUGCAGCCUGCUCUCAAGUAUGUGUUAUAUGCAUUGGUCGGCUUUGUAGGUUUUGUAACCCAUUAUGUGCUGCCUCAAGUUAGAAAACAGCUACCAUGGCACUGUUUUUCUCACCCUCUGCUGAAGACAGUGGAGUAUAAUCAAUACGAAGUUCGGAAUGCAGCCACUAUGAUGUGGUUUGAGAAACUUCAUGUGUGGCUUCUUUUUGUGGAGAAGAAUAUCAUCUACCCAUUGAUUGUUCUUAAUGAACUUAGUAGCAGUGCAGAGACCAUUGCUAGUCCAAAAAAACUGGAUACAGAAUUAGGUGCUUUAAUGAUCACCAUUGCUGGUCUGAAGUUGCUACGAUCCUCUUUCAGCAGCCCUACAUAUCAGUAUGUCACAGUCCUCUUCACUGUGCUCUUUUUCAAAAUCGACUAUGAAGCGUUUUCAGAGACCAUGUUGUUGGAUCUCUUCUUCAUGUCUAUACUCUUCAACAAGCUUUGGGAACUCCUUUAUAAAUUGCAGUUUGUGUACACUUACAUUGCCCCAUGGCAAAUUACAUGGGGUUCUGCUUUCCAUGCUUUUGCUCAGCCCUUUGCAGUACCCCAUUCAGCCAUGUUGUUUGUUCAGGCUGCUGUAUCGGCCUUUUUUUCUACUCCACUAAAUCCCUUUCUAGGAAGUGCAAUAUUCAUCACUUCGUAUGUUCGACCUGUCAAAUUCUGGGAGAGAGACUAUAACACAAAACGAGUGGAUCAUUCGAAUACCAGAUUGGCUUCCCAGCUUGAUAGAAAUCCAGGAUCAGAUGACAACAAUCUGAAUUCCAUCUUUUAUGAACAUUUAACCAGAUCCCUACAACACAGUCUUUGUGGUGAUUUGCUCCUAGGACGGUGGGGAAACUACAGUACGGGGGACUGUUUCAUUCUUGCCUCUGACUACCUCAAUGCAUUAGUACACCUUAUAGAGAUAGGCAACGGGCUAGUCACUUUCCAGCUGCGGGGACUUGAAUUCAGAGGUACUUACUGUCAACAACGGGAAGUAGAGGCCAUUACUGAAGGCGUUGAAGAAGAUGAAGGAUUUUGCUGUUGUGAACCUGGUCAUAUUCCUCAUGUGCUUUCAUUUAAUGCUGCAUUUAGCCAGCGCUGGCUAGCUUGGGAAGUGAUAGUCACUAAGUAUAUUCUGGAGGGGUAUAGCAUCACUGACAAUAGUGCUGCUUCUAUGCUUCAAGUCUUUGAUCUUCGGAAAGUACUCACCACUUACUAUGUCAAGGGUAUCAUUUAUUAUGUUACAACUUCUUCUAAGCUAGAGGAGUGGCUAGCUAAUGAGACAAUGCAGGAGGGACUGCGUUUGUGUGCAGAUCGAAAUUAUGUUGAUGUAGACCCAACAUUUAAUCCAAACAUUGAUGAAGACUAUGACCAUCGACUAGCUGGCAUAUCCAGGGAGAGUUUCUGUGUGAUUUACCUCAACUGGAUAGAGUAUUGCUCUUCCCGAAGAGCAAAGCCACUGGAUGUAGACAAAGAUUCAUCCCUGGUGACUCUUUGUUAUGGACUUUGUGUUCUGGGACGGAGAGCUUUGGGGACUGCAUCCCACCAUAUGUCCAGUAAUUUAGAGUCAUUCCUCUAUGGACUGCAUGCCCUAUUUAAGGGAGAUUUCCGUAUUUCUUCAAUUCGAGAUGAAUGGAUCUUUGCUGACAUGGAAUUACUAAGGAAAGUAGUAGUCCCGGGGAUCCGCAUGUCCAUUAAACUUCAUCAGGAUCAUUUCACUUCUCCAGAUGAGUAUGAUGACCCUACUGUGCUCUAUGAAGCCAUUGUGUCUCAUGAAAAGAACCUCGUAAUAGCUCAUGAAGGGGACCCUGCGUGGCGGAGCGCGGUUCUUGCCAAUUCUCCCUCCCUGCUUGCUCUGCGGCAUGUCAUGGAUGAUGGCACCAAUGAAUAUAAGAUCAUAAUGCUGAAUAGACGAUACCUGAGCUUCAGAGUCAUUAAGGUUAAUAAGGAAUGUGUCCGAGGUCUUUGGGCAGGACAACAGCAAGAGCUUGUGUUUCUACGUAACCGUAAUCCAGAGAGAGGGAGCAUCCAGAAUGCAAAACAAGCUCUGAGAAACAUGAUAAACUCAUCUUGUGAUCAACCUAUUGGCUACCCAAUCUUUGUCUCCCCCCUGACAACUUCUUACUCUGACAGCCACGAACAGCUUAAAGAAAUUCUUGGGGGACCUAUCAGCUUGGGCAAUAUCAGAAACUUCAUAGUGUCAACCUGGCACAGGUUAAGGAAAGGGUGUGGGGCUGGCUGUAACAGUGGUGGCAAUAUUGAAGAUUCCGACACUGGAGGUGGAAUUUCCUGCACUAGUAACAAUGCAACAAGUGCCAGUGACCCCCAUAGCAAUGUGUCCCAGGGAAGCACUGCAAAUCCAGGGCAAGGGUCGGGAGCAGGACCCCAUCCACCUGUCACAUCUUAUCCUCCAACACUAGGCACUAGCCACAGCUCCCACUCUGUCCAGUCAAGCCUGGUCAGACAGUCCCCUGCUCGGGCCUCAGUGGCCAGCCAGUCGUCUUACUGCUACAGCAGCCGGCACUCGUCUCUCCGGAUGUCCACCACGGGGUUCGUGCCCUGUCGGCGCUCGUCCACCAGUCAGAUAUCGCUCCGGAACUUGCCGUCCUCCAUCCAGUCCCGCCUCUCCAUGGUGAACCAGAUGGAGCCCUCCAGUCAGAGCGGCGUGGGCUGUGUGCAGCAUGGCCUCCCCUCUUCCAGCAGCUCCAGCCAGAGCAUCCCGGCCUGCAAACAUCACACUCUCGUGGGCUUUCUUGGGACAGAGGGAGGUCAGAGCAGUGCCGCCGACGCCCAGCCGGGCAACCCCUUAAGUCCUGCCAAUAAUUCACACGCCAAAAGGGGGGAAGUGAUUUACAGAGUCCAAAUCGUGGAUCCCAGUCAAGUUCUGGAUGGGAUCAACCUAUCAAAAAGGAAAGAGCUGCAGUGGCCUGAUGAGGGUGUCCGGUUAAAAGCUGGGAGAAACAGCUGGAAAGACUGGAGUCCUCAGGAGGGCAUGGAAGGCCAUGUGAUUCACCGAUGGGUGCCUUGCAGCAGAGAUCCAGACGUUGGAAAAAGAGAGGAGAGCGCAGAAGACGCCUGCAGGUUUUCCUCUGCUCCUGUGUGGGAGAUACUUGGAUGUAGAGUGGGCUCGGCCAAGCGCCUCUCCUUCACCCUUCACCCUGACUCCUGUCACUGUCUCCAUCCCCAAAUAAAGCUGAACUAUUUUUUUAAGUUAGCUGCCGACAAAACAUUUUGCAUGAAGGAUAAAGUUCUGUUAAAUUACAUCCUUACAAAAAUUUUUUUCCUAUGCAUUGCCUAUGCUUUAAAUCAACAAACUCUUCAUUUCUAAACUACGAUCUCAUAUUUUUCUAAUUUCUUUGCCAAAAAUAAUUGCCAUGUUUUGUCAUAGAACAUGAAAUCCAUUUACCUUGAUUUUUAAAAACAGACCAGUGUAGAAACCUUCACUUUGACGUUUAGCAGUAUGAAAGUUUCAUGUACAGUGAAAGAGACUAUGAACAGACAUAGAUUUAUCUUAUUCCUUGAGCGCUAAAAAACUUUAAUGAGAAAACUGCACUAAUUUUUUACAACAAUGCACUAAAGUCUGAGAUUUCUCAGAACAUUUAUUUAUAUAUAAAAAUAAAAUACCAUUAUUUAAAUUGCCUUUGGGAUUAACCCCUGCCCUUUCCUUAAACAUACAUAGCAGGAACUGUGCUGUUCAUUUUUUUGUCAGUAACCUAUACUCCAUUGCCAGUACAUUGGGUGUUUUCUCUAAAAUGAACGUUAAGGGUCAAGAGGGACAUAGCUUCAUCGUUGGAGAUAGCGGUCAGUGCGUCGGUCCUGUGAACACCACUGCCAGCUCCUGUGUCCACACAUCGGAGGCGCUCCAGCACCGGUGUGCCCCAGCUCCUCUUGGGGCAAGCUCUGCUGGGGUCAGUUCUGGGAAGAAAAUACUUUUAUUUUUCAAAGAAGAAGAUGAGCAUCCAGGAACUUAAAAAAAGGAUCGAUUGCUUUUCUAUUCAGAGUCAUUAGCUCUUGAAGUUACUCACAUGCAGUUCAGUUAAUCAAGUAAAAUUUUUUCAAACGAAAUUAUCCAGAUGGUGCAGUUCUUGUUAUGUCCCUCUUCAAUAACCUCGCCUCUUAUUUUGCUCCUCUCUUCUUUUUCUAUUACUUGAAUUUUAUUUCCUGUAAUUUAUAGUGUGUAGGUGUAAUUUGAAAUAUUUAUAACUGUGAAAUUGACUUAAUAUGUUGUCUCAUAACUUAAAUUUUAUUGGUUUUUUUUUUUUUUUAAAUACGCGUGUAUUCAGGGAAAUCUAUAAUUCAGAUUUACAAUUGGGCUAGGUGGAAACUGUGGUUUAGAUUUAAUUUUCAACUUCCGGCAUUUUUUAAAUCCUUCCGAAAACUUUCCCCUUUUGUGUGAAACUCCAAAGAAUAUGUAUACAUCUCCUGAGCAUUUAGGAGCAGCCAUCUUUCCACCCCACUGCAAACGGGAAGUAGAAAGCAGGUGUGAAGUUAAUCUUCAACGUGUAUUUUAUUUAGUCUGAUACAUCCAGAGUGUUACUCUUUCCCCAUGUGGCGCUAGCCACAUUUCAGGUACUCACCGGCCACAUGUGCCUGGUGGCUCCUGUAUCGGACGGCACAGGUGUAAAGUAUCUUUUGAUGAGGUGACAGGAGAGAGAAGCUGUUUCCGCACUAACCCCUACUGUCGCUCUCACAGGAUAGCAUAACACUUCCGUAGAUGGAAUGAAAACUAACAUCCGACUACAUUUCCAUUCCACAGUGUGGUUAUUUUGCCCUUUUCUAAUUUACAGUUUUCGUAGUUAUUCAGGAUCCAGUGUACCUCGUGCUGACAUUUCCAGACUUCGCGCUUUGCCAAAUGUACUUUUUAAAAACAUUUGUCAAGUGAUUUACUGAACCUUUACACAAAGGUACCCAUUCUAAAUUGACCAACUAAAACGUAUUUUCCUGAUACUGUUGUUACAUUCUGUAUUUGCCGCAUUUUGGCAAAUCUACAGUAUGUCAUUAAGGUCCAAGGCUUUUAUGUUUCUCUUCUGAAACCGAAUAUAUGAUCUGUCUAUCUAACCAUCUAUAUUUAUUUAAAAUCUUCUCAAAGGAAUUAUGAUUCCUGCUGCCUGUUCUCUUUCUGAAAUGAAUAUGAUCUUUUCAUGGUCAUUACCUAGAUGGGAAGAUACGUGGAAUCCUUUCAGUCCUAAAUGGAAGAUAAUUCAUUUUCCUACACAGAAAAAAAAAAAUCUGAGCUUCAGAUGAUUCAGUCAGAAGGGCUAUUCCUAGCCUCACACCCCCUACCCCGAAUUGUUAAACACAUUACACGCUCUAAAAAUGUAAGACUAGAUUUUAUAUGGAACAUAUAUAUUGGGUCUUGAUUUGGCAUGAUAACUGUGGACAUUCUUCUCAAAGCAAGUUGAAUUUUGUUAUCAGAUAACCCUUGAAGGAAUUUAUGGAAUAGAAACCCUAACAGGAGCCCUGUUUUUAUUUUUUAGUCUAAACCUGAUGGUCUUUUAAAAGUCAGAAUACUUUUCUAAUAAUUACGGCAGAGGAAGCAGUGAUAAUUGAAGACUCAUGUCUUAACAACUGGACCUAAAUUAUUAUGUGGAAAUAUACAUGGCUUUCAUUGAGUAAACUGAUCAUACAUGUCUUAUUCUGCCUUUCCCAGCCCCCCUUGGAGAAUAGUGAACUGCUUAUUUAGAUUCCCUGCUUAACUGUCUUCAUUAGUGUACAAGACUCCAGCAUACACACACUAGUGUCUUCAGUUCACAUUUGCCAAAACUUUCAGAGUUCCAUAAUUUGAAAGUAAGGAUAUGUCAUUAAAACACUAGCUUUUUAUGCAUUUCCCUUCAACAGAGUCUCAUUGAUACCUUUCUGGUCUUUGUCUUGUUUGAGUUUGUUUUUUCCCUUCUUUUGAGAGAGAGUCCUGGAGUGAAUUAUAAAUUGUGACUUUCUUUUCUCAUUUCCUCUCAUUCAGUGGCAAAAAUCAUUUUACAACUCAAAAUUAAGUUUUUGGUUAAUCUUCGAGCUUAUAACUUGGUGUGAGCCCUCUUUUUUACAUCAUUUUCAGUACUUGAUAGAAAUUUAAAUGUUCAUUUUUUUCUAAAGAAAUCUAAAUUUUCCAAGAGUAUAGAUUAAUAUAAGAUGUUGGUAUUUAAGGGACUUGGGAGAGUAGGUGGUGAGGCUGUCUAUUUUUACGAUAAGAGGAGAUUAAUUACCUUUCAGGAAAUUAAUGAACAAUCUUCACCAGUGUUCUGCCUUCUUUGAGUUUCUAUUAUUGGAAGGUGAGCUUCCCUUAGAUUUGAAGUCGUUUUAAAAAUAUUUCGAGUGUAACUGAGAUACUUCUACUAGUCCUUGAAACAGAAGUAGACAGAUAGUAUUUCUAUCCUGAGUGAGGUAUGGAAAAUUAUUCUGUGUACCGAAUGUCAGGUCAUAGAAGUUUUUAUGUAGAAACUAAGUUUAUAAGGAAGAUGGGUUUUUCUUCUUGGGUUGGUUUAUUUUUCUGUCUUCUAUCAAAAUAUAAAAAACAGCCUCAAACCUAAGCAAGAGUAGUUAACUUAGCCUUAAUAAAUUCCACUUUGCUUCCAUGCAACGUCCUUCUGCCUCUGCCUAGAAAUUCAUUUGGUGGAUUGCUGCAUCGGUCCAGAACUAGAUGUCUUUUAAACUUACGAUUUGCCCAGAGUCUAAAAUUAUCUUUUUCUUUUAGUUAACUUUCAAAAAUCUUUCCUUCUAAAUAUAUGACUUGAGAAAAAGAUACCUUAGUAAUUUUGCAUAAGAAUUCUUUGAAUUUAUGUUCACUAGCUAUUAAACUAUAAACUGCUACCCAGAUUAAUUACCUUUGUGUUUAUCUUCCUUAUUCUUUCAUUAAUAUAGACAAUCCCUUCCCUUUUUUUUUUUUUUUUUUUAAGUCCUCAGUAUUCAUUCUUGUUCUCUUUUGUAGUGUAAUAUAAUCAUACAGAAUUACUUUGCCUGGACACAGACCCAGUGCAUUUUUUCCCUUUGAUGUGAUAAAUUGUUCAGGUGAAGUAUAAAACAUCAGUUUUUAUUCUAGAGGCUUUUCCUUUAAUUCUAAAAUGAGUGGAAAGAAUAAUGUCAAUCAAGGCUAAAAUGAUACUUGGAACCUGUCAAGGGACUUUGAAAUUUCUGUUUUAGUCUUCUGACCAUGCAUUUGUGCAGCAUAAGUUUUAAUAAUACAUUGGAAAUCUGCAGGGUUUUUUUUUUUAAUUAAGUUUUUUAAAACCAACCUUUCUUCAUUUUUCUUUUUUAAAAAUCUGGUUGAUAUAUACCUAGGCCUUCUCGUUUUUGACUUGCGAAAUGUUGAGGUAAGAAUUGUGACUGGAAAGGAAUUAAUUAUUAUACAAAUAGAUCUGGUGGGUAUGUGAGUAGAGUGUUAAUUUUGCUUGAAACAGAAGUAUAUUUUCUGCUUUGAAUCUCCUCACCAGAGUCCUCUGUCAAGAACUAUGUAUGAUAAGAAUUUCUCUUUAUUGCCUAUCAGCCCACAUAUUCUUUCUGAAGUAGAGUAAAUAAGUUCUAUUUGUGAGCUGAACUUUAUCAUCUGCCAUUUUAUGGAAGCAACACAGCAUUCUUUGGGGGAAGCAGAAGUGAUUGUCCUCGCAAGGUUAUGUGACGACUCUGCUCUAAGACUUACACCUGUUGUAUAGGGUUAUACCUUUUUUCUUACACCUCAGCUCUGCACCUGACAAUUUAUGGUUCCGUGGAGCCAAGCUAGAAGGAACAAAGGUCAUGUGAGAGUGGCGAGGCUGGAUUCCUGGGUGUUACUUGUGCAGGUGAAGGGGCAUCCUGGAAUUCUAACCAGAGUAGUUGUUGGAAGUGAGAUGGCUGCUCCAGAUGACUCCUGGGUUUAGUGUAACUGUGGUUGAACAAGAUUUUUUUUAUGUAUGAAGCUUGAUUCCACAACCAAAAUAACAGAAACGUGGGGAAAAUCCUGUCUGCUUAUGCUUUUUAAAGCUUACGGUUGAAGUGAAAAUGAAUUGUAAAAACUGAUUACCUUAACCCUAUACAAUGGGCUCUGCAUGAGGAAAUGGAAGGAAGAAUACUACAAGUGAUUCAGGAAGGUAUAUGUGAGGAAGGAAAAUGGGUUUCCCUUUUCUGAUCAUGGGCUCUGAAAGUAUUCAUUGCCUUUACCAGCAUUCAGUAUAAACCAGAGAUAAGAAUAUAUGUACUCGCGUGGGUCUGUGAGUGUGUGUGCGUCUGAGUGUUUGUUAUUCUAAAUAGCUUGUAAAUAUUGUAGUUGUUUAAAAUGGAAAAUAAAAGCUGAGAUUGUUUUUUUCUUUGCAAAUAUAUUGCAUCAAAAAUACAGUAUUGACAGUGGAUAAAACACUGAGGAAAUAAAUUUUUUUUCAUUUUGC